GUUCAGUGCUGCCUGCCGGUGCCGGGAACUGGUGGUGAGGAGCCGCUGCAGCGCGUCAGGACCGGACCGUGAACCCGGAGACUGUACACACUGAGGCGAAAGGAUACACAGGAUGGAGCGGAUGUCUGAGGAGGCGCUGAGGCUGAACCUGCUGAAGCGAGGCCUGGAGUCUCCCAGCGAGCGAGACGAGGCCCUGGCCAAGCGUCUGAAAAUGGAGGGCCACGAGGCCAUGGAGCGCCUCAAGAUGCUGGCAUUGCUUAAACGCAAGGACCUCGCUGACCUAGCUGCUCUGGAUGUGGCGGGGCCCCUGGGAGACGGCAAGGGCCCCGGGGCCAGCACCCUCCACCACCAGAGCCCAAUGGGUGCCGCUGCUUAUGAAGAGAAGAUGAACGGGAGCCUGAGGCUGGGAGGCCACAGCGGCCAUGUUGGACAGAGUAAGAAUGGGAAGGAGAACAUGCUGGAUGAGCCGGUGGAUAUGAGCGCUGGGAGACGAUGCGAUGCGGAUCACGACAGAAGAACUCCAUCUCCAGAUGUGAUUAUUCUGUCAGACAAUGAGGCGUCCAGUCCCAGAACAACACCUCGUCCUGAGGAACGGAUGCACCACGCCAACCUCGACAUGUUCAAGGGGAAAACUGGAGAGGAGAGGCAGCAGAUGAUCAAAGCUCUGAGAGAGGAGCUUCGUCUGGAAGAAGCUCGUCUGGUUCUGCUCAAGAAGCUCCGGCAGAGUCAGAUGCAAAAGGAGAACGUGGUGCAGAAGGUCCCAGUGGUGCAGAAUGCUGCCUCUUCUGUGCAGCCUCCCCCCAUCCACAGCUCCCCUGGCCUGGGGAAGCUGCCUGUCCGGCCUGGUCUGCACAACCCGGAGCCCCAGAACCUCCGCACUGCACAGGGUCACACAGUCAUCAGGUCAGCAGCCAAUGCCAAUCUCCCGCCCAUGCUGAUGUCCCAGCGUGUGAUAGCGCCCAACCCUGCCCAGCUGCACGGCCAGCGGGUUUCCUCCAAGCCUGGCAUGGGCCGCUCCAGCUCCAGCUUGGCCAACCCCGUCAGUUACCAGCAGGCUAGUCAACAGGUGGCAGCAUCUCAACGCUCAGGCUCCAGUGCAAUGUACAUGAACCUGGCUCACAUGCAGGCAGCGGCAGCAGCAGGAGCGGGCGGCGUUGCAGGAGGUCUGGGCGGAGCCUCCGCCGUCAGCCCAUCCACAGCCAGCGGAGGAGUGGGCUCCAUGGCUGACCAGGCCAGCAGCCAAGCGGCAGCGAAACUGGCCCUGAGGAAGCAGCUGGAGAAAACCCUGCUGGAGAUCCCUCCCCCAAAACCCCCUGCCCCACUCCUCCAUUUCCUGCCCUCGGCCGCCAACAGCGAGUUUAUCUACAUGGUGGGCCUGGAAGAGGUGGUGCAGAGCGUCCUCGACAGCCAGGGUAAACUCAGAGGGACGCUGGCCCGCAUGGAACCCUUCUUCUGCGCCCAAUGCAGAACUGACUUCACACCCCACUGGAAGCAGGAGAAGAGCGGCCGAAUCCUGUGUGAGCAGUGCAUGACGUCCAAUCAGAAGAAGGCUCUGAAGGCGGAGCACACCAACAGGCUGAAGAACGCCUUUGUGAAAGCCCUUCAGCAGGAGCAGGAGAUUGAACAGAGGCUCCAGCAGCAGGCGGCCCUCUCCCCCAGCUCGGCCGCUACUGGCCCCAACUCCUCAAAGACUGACACCAUGAUCCGGCAUCAUGCCCUCCGCCAGGCUCCCCAGCCUCAGGCCUCCCUGCAGCGAGGUUUGUCCAACUCGGCACGAGGCGUCCUGUCCAACUUCGCCCAGGCCUCCCAGCUGUCUGUGGCCAGCAGCCUCAUGGGUAUGACCAGUGCCAAGCACUGUGGCAGCGGUGGAAGCAGCAGCAGCAGUAGCAAUAGACUGCAGCAUGACAGCCGUCGCCAGAUUUACAACAUCCCAGGGUUAAAUAUUGCCUAUCUGAACCCAGCGGCAGUUGGAGCCCAUAAGAGCUCCAGCUUAGCAGACCGGCAGAGAGAGUACCUGUUGGACAUGAUCCCACCUCGCUCCAUAUCGCAGUCCAUCACCGGACAGAAAUGAGCCCUGCCCUUUCGAAGCUACCCCACCCUUUGCUCUUACCCUACACUAAAGCACUCCCAGAUCAGCCAGCCCCCCAGCCCCUACCAGCCCCCCACCUCCCACCCCCAUCGCAUGCAGUGCCUGUCCGUGUGCCUACCUUAAACCAACCCAUGAAAAACCACCGAGUCAGACAAAGACACUAAACUGUCAGUGCAUUUCAAAUUUUCUUACUAUAGUAAAAAUUCUUCGUCCGCGUUGUUUAACAAUUAUGAUUCCCAUUAUUAUCGCUGUUGGUAGCACUAUUAUUAUACCUGCAAUUACCUUUUUUGCUUCAGUUACUAUUACUCAUUAUGCUUUUUCUUUUUUUAUGUGUUUGGUCCAUUUUUUUUGUUUGUCUACUGUCAUUUCUUGAUUUCGGAUGUGACGGUGAAUCAUGGUAGGGUCGCUUGAGGCCAUGAUCAUAUAGGAUUUUUUUCUCCACUUGAUUAUAAAGCUAGAUGUGAGUAUUGCAAGGAACAGAUGAUCAACAGGGUGCAUUCUGGUUGCUAUGCAACAUAAAGUUUAACAACUUUCAGUCUUUGUAAAGUGUUUGUUCUCUAACUUGAAAUAACAAUGGAAAACAGUGAUAGGAAUGAAAAGACUAACGGCUUGGCAUGCUCUUGAGAAGAGUAACAUGGCCAUUAAAACCUGGAGAAUUUGCAGGGGUUCAGUUCUAAACUGAGCCCCAUCAUCUCUUCAGACACGUCUGUUACAGAGCUGUUUGAAGUGACUUCCCAAAUGUUGAGGUGACACCAUCAGAGCUAAUUAACUGGAAAAUGACUGACAGAAGCUGCAGAUGUGUUCAAAAGAGAAUCCUAUGUGAUCAGAGUUUGGAAAAGCUUUUCUUUUGCUCGUUGGCUCCCACCAUUCCCCACCAACAGGUCAUUGUUUCCUCAUCUGACGUCAGCCUCUCCUGUUACACGUUUCAACAGUUACUUGAUGGAUGUACGUGGGACAGUCUGUACUUGUACUAAUCAGAACUGACAGAUGCAGCGACGUCCCUAUUGCACCUUCAGCGGACCAGCAGAACAAUAUCAGACUCCAGCACGGAGGGAGCUGAUGUGUAGGACAUACAGAACUGCAACAGACCGGACGCAGUCUACAAACCCAGCUCAUCCAGUAUUCACCAGAGGGAUGGUCUCACUCAGAGAGAAGCAAGUUUAUUGUCCCUCCUGGUCCAUCCCAUCUCACCACCUGCCACUGACCCCCCCCCCCCCCCCCCCCCCCCAACCCUCCCCCCAGUCCCGAACCCCUCUUCAAACCCCUUUGGUUAUCCAGUAUGCACAGACUGAACCCUUUGACCCAGCAGCUCCUCUUGGCAUCACAAGAUCUUAAUGAAAGUGAAAAGGACUCCAAUCAAAAGGUUUGUGCACGUUUUGUGCAUCAAAACCACAGAUUCUGUACUUAGAAACCUUCAAAUCUGGGCUCCUUUUCUUGUCAUAUUUAGGUUUUUAGAUUUUCUGAUUGUUGCCCCCUGCCCUUUUUUCUUUACUUGUUUUAUUAUUAUUAUUAUUUUAUUAUUAUUUUUUGCGGCGUCUCCUAACGAAAUGGGGGUGUACCUGAGAGGAACAAGCCCCCGGAGACGAUAAUAAUCAACAUAGCUAAAAACAGAAACUAUUGAAAUAUCUGUAUGGAUUAUGUAUAGACACCUAGCUUCAGAGAAAAAAAAAAUGUGGAUGUGGAUUUUAUCUUUUGUGGAAGAGACAUGGAUCAAUCAUUGUGUGUAUGCUCUGCACACAAGUUGCCUCACUCCAGAGGAGCACUUUGCAUAUUUCCAAUUGGAAAAUUUUUUUUAAAGGUAAAGAAUGUUACAAUUGAGAGUCCUUAAGGUCUGGGUGCUGGUUGCAUUGUGGAUUGUACCAUGUAACAGGUGAUGAAUGCUCAUUUACUGUGUGUAGAUGUCGGAUCUCAUGUAGAUUUUCACAUCCGUGGUGCCUGGUUUGUUGAAUUGGGUUGGCCACAGCGUCCCACUGACUCACUGUGUGGAAAACACAGCAAUAACUGAAAAAAAACCCACUCACCUUAUGUGUCAGUAAAACAACAGAGGUCUGAACUCAACCUGAUCCAAAACCUAAGCCAUGAUCAGAUUGUAGGUUCACAUGGUGGCUGUAGUAAAAGUUAUCAUUCACCCUCUCUGAUCACAUUUAUAACGUCAUCUCAUAAUCACUCAUGAGGCGAAGAAAUAGUUGACUUUAACAGCGAAACCACAGAACAUUGAAGUUGAUGCCGAUCAUAUGCAAAUACUUUUUCAGUGUCAAUUUCAGUGAAGGUUAUGAUUUAUCUGCAUGAGAUGACCAUAAAUAGUCUGAGUUGUCUUACAUCGGCUGUGCUCUGACAAAAUCUUGCCUCUUUAAUACUAAGUCAUGUGAACAUGGAUUAAUGAGGUUAUUGUAGUUUUAGCGCCCCCUUACAGGCAGCACUGGUGGCUUAUUCGAAUAUCUUUUUAUUUCAGCAUUUUUCUCUUUUAUUCUCUGGAGUUAAUUGCCCAGACUGAAUGAAUCUGCGGUAAACUCAGAAUUUUAGUCAUUAAAUUGUCAAAUCUGAAGAUCUGACCUUAUUCUAUGGGGAUCAAGCUAAAAUUUACACAACAACAAAAGACACAAGUAUUCCAGUUGGAGUCGUGCAAAUAGUGAUUGAACACAAUUCCUGGUCCUACUCUGGGAUUGUCCUGAGAUAUCAGAAGAAUCACACUUUAGUCAAGUCAUAGUCUUUUCUAAGUCACUGUAAAAUACAUCCCCUGUGGCCCAUCAUCAUCAUGUGAUUAAAAAUAUGUUUAAAGAUGCACUAAAUGGAACAGUAUCGAAGCAGAAGUGUGCGUAGGCUACAGAUUGACCCAUUGUAAGGUAUCAACCAUGCAGUGUUAGUUUUCUUCACAUUCGGUCAGUAAGACGCUGUCCGCAUUCACACAAACUGGCGUCACGUUCCAUCAGCGAGCAUCAGACGAAAGUUUCAGUUGGUCUUUGUGGGACAUUUGUUCUCAGAUAGUGGCGAGUCAUGCAGUUCACCCAUCCAGGCUCUACACUGACUGCAGCUACAGGGGAGCAGUGUGGAAACCCUCCAGUCCACUUUGAUUUGCAUGUUUUCUAUGUUCGGCUGUUUGGCCUGUUUCCGGUUUCCUGAACAGUCCAGACAGUUGAAUGGGAUGUGGCUACAACAUGACUUUUCAGAUCAAUACAUAAGUCAUGAUGUGUUUCAGCUUCACUAUAAUCAGACUCCCCUGAUGAAGGCUCAUGUUUCCUGUGAUGGAUGAUCUGAUUCUGUUGAAGACCUUCUGAAGAGGGGGUGAAUCAGCUCUGAUGUCUCAAACUACAGUGAAAUUAUGCAGAUAUUAUUAAGAGUAACAAACAGACAGGCAGGUGGUCUAACACAAAAAUAUGUCCGUGUUUCAUUAGAGUUUUUGUGUGUUAUUGAGUGUAGUGUACCACAAGAGUUCAGCUCAAGUUGAAGUACUGUUUGUAGUUUUUGGUUGUAGCUGUCAGUCACACAUAUUUACCCUCAUGUAGAGACCAGGACUCGACUCGUGUCCCGGGGACUCACAAAAAGCAGUAGCUCAGGCAUUUCAGCAGUGUUCAGUCAGCGUGCAGUAUUAUUCAUGGAACACCGAAGGCCGCAGAUUGUGGACUCAGUGUGGGUUUGAGAUGGGAAAACUUAGCAGUUCACACACGACGCUGAUUAAUCAGCACAGCUUUAGUUUAUGAAGAAGUGUCAUGUCACAUGACACCUCUGACUGGAACUAAUGAAUGAAUCAUAAACCUGUGCACAAAAAAAGGGAAAACAUGGCCUUUACAAGUCAAACAUCGUACCUUCAGAGGUUUUUCUUAUUAAUGUGUUCGUCAUGAAUCCAGAGUCCAAUCAGAUUGUAAAGUGAUGAAAACAUGACGCACAUUCAAACAAGACUGAUACUGGUACAGGUGAAACUAACCGAGCGAUAACAUCUAAAACUGGAAGAUGAAGCUGACGCCAAGUGUUCAUACCUGCAGUCUCUAAAGCUAAUUUCCCAGUACAUGACUACAUUACUGGGGUAAAUUUUCAUAUUACUCCCCUGUUUACAUUUAGUGACUGCUGAAUGGCAUCAGUGUCAUGUGGACUUUGAUUGACAGCUAGUCUGACAUCCCAGAAUGCUCUACUGUAGUUCACCAUCAUGUUUCGGUCAUUCCGUUCACCUGUACUUAACUGCUGCACCCAGCCCAGUAGCUUAAACGUGAAGUUAGCAGCCAGCUAGUAAUUAGCAUGUUAAGACAAUACAGGAAAGUGGUUUUAUUAUUUGUGAUAACAUUAAGUUGCUGAAACUUGGUGUUUUACACACUGUAAGUGUUAGUCAAUAUGGUUGGUCUGUUAAAUAUGUUAGCGUGAGUUUCAUAUCUCACUCUUCCCCAGUUCUAGCCUCUUACCCAACAAUAUUUAGGAAAAACAGUUGUCAAAGCCAAAAUAACAAACUCGAGGGUUCAAAACAGUCCACAAAGUAAUAAGGGACAUUACAGGGGCUUUGUCCACUCUUGGAACCUGUAAAAAUGUUACGACACUUAAGUGGCGGCCAUGUUUGAUUUUACAAAAAACGUUUUCCUCUGCAUUUCGAUUUAAAUGGAGACUCUGAGUGCUGGUGUUUGGAUAAUGAAUCCUCGUAGGUUGAAUAUAGCUGACACAUGAAAUCUGAACAACCCUAUAAAUUUAUAUUUUCACAUUUCACAUUUCUAUUGGCUACAAUUGUACCAUCUAGUGCUGAAUGUUAAAUGUUAGCAUGCUAAUGCUAAAAUAAGGCAGGGAAUUUGUUAAAACAUGUCUAAACAUGAGCACAGGAACAACUGUGUUAUUAAAAAAAAAAAAAAAGCUAAAAGACAACUUUUUCUAGACGGUUCUGAGUAGUUUACAAUGGUUAAAACAAUGGAAAAGAAACUAAAGCACUUUUUGUAGUAAUGACCUUAGAGUAGCAGAAGCUAAUAGUGUUAGCAUGGAUAUUCGUUUCAUUGAAUUAGCUCAUAAGUUCUUUGACUAAACCUGCUAAACUUAACACAGUGACACUGCUGGGUUUUCCCUGUUCCUCUGUGUUGUUUCAUAUAAGCUCUCAUUACUUGUCACAGUUCUGUUGGUAUCUCCUUUCAGGUAAAAUAUCAACAGGUAACAUUUUAACAAAUUGCUAUUUUUGCGAAGGAGGUGUUUAUCAGUGACAUGUUACUUGUGAUAUGUAACAGAAUUUAUCUUUUUUAAAGGUAAAUGAAUCAAGGCCUUCAUAAAGAGUCUAGUUUUCCUCAGUUCAGUACAGUAAUGCAUGGUAUGGAAGGCAGAAACAUUACCAGCCUCACUACAGUCGUCUUUUCAGGUAUCUCAUUGUAUUUCUAACAGCAGUGAAGAGAUUUGGGAUGGAACUGCAUCACCUGUGCACUUCUUCUCUGAUUGUAUUUCUUUUUAUAAAUCUGUGUCAGUGAACUCCAUCGACCACAGUAGUUGGUGUUUGUGUGUGAGAGGGAUGCGUUUCUGUUUAAUUGCAGUGUAAAGUGUGUUUGAGGGACCCAGACCUGCCUGUUAAUCGACCCACCCGACGGUUAACAUCCCACUGAAAUGAAAGAUUUAGGCCACGACUAUGAAACUACCUAGGAUUAGAUUCAGUUGUAACUUGUAAACUGAAGUUUACACUAAUGGCAUUUUUGUUUAUUAUAUAAAAAAAAAAAGAAAUCAUGAAUCCAUUUUCCCUUUGGUGGAAUGGUUGAAAUUAGAUGUAGAGAUAUACAAUAUUUUCAUGAUUUUUUAAUGUUUGGGGUAAUUUUUUUACUACCACUCACGAUUUGAUUUUAGCAAUGUUUUCGUCAUACAUCUCCUUCAGCAGCCAGGCUGAAAAAAAGCUCUCGUCUCUUGCUCUUUUGCAAAUGCAUCCACACACCUUUGUAUUUAAACUGCAAAUGCGUUUCCAAAAUCGCAAUUUUUAGAUUUCAAAAGUCAUUCUUUUUCUGAUGUCUCUCGAAUGAGUUCUGUUUUAUUUCUAUUGCAGUUUUAAAAAAAAAAAAAAUAAACAAAAUGUAUUGACUAUGAAAUAAAUGACACGAUAUUUGCUAGGUUUGAAGUAAUAAUGACUUAUUGUACAUAAGCAUUUUUUCCUCCCUUGUACUGAAAAAAGAAAUUAAAUGGUUGUAUAUUGUGUAGAAAAGCAAACAAAAAGCCAUGAAUAUUGUGAAGCUUGUCAUUUCGUUUUGUGAUCACUGUGUAUUAUUGUGUAACAAAUGUGCAAAAUGUUUGGGAUUCUUUUUUCCCUCCUCUGCUUCUUAAAGUGCUCUCCCUGGAUGCAUUUGCUUUGUUUUUGGACUAGUUAGUUUGCAGGAAAACCAUUCAUUGAUUCAGACAGCGGGGGUCUGCUCUGGGCUACGGCAUCUUUCAUAGAAAAACAAAACGGUUGAACAGAAUCAUCUCUGGAAGGUGCUAUAAAAGAUAGAAUCACUCUCAGAUAAACAGAACCGACCCCUACAUGAAGUUACUAGUAUCAUCCACAGGUUUCAGGUGCUUAUUUUUCCAUCAAACUAAAUCACCUCCAUUGUACUUUUCUGCUGAACGCCUUCAUAUGUUCAUUCUCAACUGGCUUUUUAUGAAUGUUUGAGCUUUAAAUGUAGGUGGAUCUUCAGUUUAAGGCAGCACAGCAGCUACUAGUUUCACAUUAAAGUUCAUACAAUGCAAACAGAGAAAACAUGUCUCAUUUCUACUCCAUUCAGACGGGUUUUUAUUCAUUUCAGCUUUUGAGAUUUCAGACUCUUUAACCUCACCUUCAUACUUCAACCAUCUCCCUUUACAGAAUCUUGCUGGGACUAUUUCUUCUGAAGUUGUUAUUGUCUGCAAAUUCAUAGUUGGUGCAACUUGCAGGGUUGAUUUUAGAAUAAGAUAAGGAGUGAAUAGUCUAUACAGAAUCAGGGUAUAAACCUCACAAACAUCUAAAAAUGUGGACAAAUGGAACCAAAACUAAAAAAAAUAUCCAUGUUUGUCUUUCAGUAAGAGCAAAGGAAUAAAAUGUGUCUGACAAUAAAGUGUUAAUUAUUUAAACCAAAUGUAGACAGAAGAUGAUUUGAUGAUGUGAUAAAGUGGCCUGGAAUGUGUAAAAACUGAAUUAAAUCACAAGAUUUCAGUCUCUGCUCAAAGCUGAGAUUUAACAUUCAUUUAAUGUUGUUCAGUCUCUGUUGGGAAGUCCCAUCACGUGUUGAUCUUGCAUGUAUGUUCAAAAGCCCAUGUGUGCUGUUCUGCGUCAUUUUCACCUGAAUCUCUGGUUGUUUUCCUGCUGACACCCGUAUGCUCCUCUACCGUUUGGCUUUAUACUCUUAGUUGUUGCUAAUGCAGGGAAACAUUUAGUUGCAAAAUCAUUUUUUAUCAAUUUUAACCUGUAAAGCAUUUCUUUUUGCAUAAUGAUGACAAUGUUGCAAAUAAACAUCUGGGGAAGCAGAAACAGAAAAAAAAAAAAAUUGAACGGAGACUAUUUGAAGUCCUUUUUUUUGUUUUGCUUACGUACAUCAAUCCUGACCUUUUGCACAUACUUGAUAUUUAACAGUCUUCAAAAAAAGUAAAAGAAAAUAAUGCUGUUUGAAUACUGCCAGUUGAUUGACAAUUAUGCAUUGAUUGAAAAAAUAAGCUAAUUUUGGAGGAAAUAACUUUGUAAUAUUUAUCUCUUGCAAGCUAUGUUUAAUAAAGGUUGAAACAAUU